CCAAAAUUUAACUCAGCAACAAUGUCCUCCUCGUCCAUUCCUACAUCCGCUCGUGCAGUAGUUCUUCAAAACUAUGUUCCAGAGUCACACGAACUCGAUCUGUCUUCGUCGCCUUCUGGAACCUUCACUGUAAAGGAAAUCCCCAUUCCUAGCCCACUUCCGGAAGACUCCCUGCUCGUUCAAACAGUCUAUCUCUCCAAUGACCCAUACCCUCGUCUUUUUGUAGAAAAGUCUUUCAAGUUUGAACGUGAAGAUAUGGUCCCACUUUCUCUUGGUACGCCUUACCCAUUGCUUGGGCUAAUUGGUCGGGUCGUCCAAGUUGGUGGCAACGACGAGAACGGACCGCAUAAAGUUGGUGAUUAUGUCGAGGUAUUCCAGUCUUACUGGGCGGAUUAUGUCAUUGUGAGGAAAGACAAGGCAAGGGCGAGAAAGGAAGUACCUGGUGUCAGUAUUAGCACAUAUCUAGGUGCACUUGGAAUAUCCGGUGCAUCAGCAUACUGGGUGUUGCACGGAGUACUGAAGCCUAAGGAGACCGAUACACUCGUUGUGAGUGCAGCUGCAGGAUCCGUCGGGAACGUAGCUGUUCAAUUUGCAAAGAAAGUCAUGGGAGUCAAGCGUGUUGUUGGAAUUGCCGGUUCGGACGAGAAGUGCAAGUGGGUGAAGAGCAUUGGAGCGGACGAAGCAGUCAAUUACAAGAGUCCGACGUUUGCUGAAGACCUAAAGAAAGCAACUCCCGAUAAGGUUGACUCGUAUUUCGAUAACGUCGGCGGACCCGUCUUGGACGAGGUGAUGAUGCGCAUGAAACCCCACGGAGUCAUCUGUGCUAUCGGACUCAUGGCUCUUCAGAAAGACCCACAGGCACCAGUAGUCAUGCGCAACUAUUCGCAAAUACUCGUUAACAGGUUGUUGCUGAAGGGGUUCACACUCAUGGACUAUUUUGACCGACUCGGCGAGGCCGAGGAAGCGCUUACUUUGGCAGUAUCUUCAGGAAAGGUUGUGUUGGAUGGGGCUGAGACUGUUGUUGACAUCCACGGAAAUGUUGAAGAGAUCCCGCGCGUGUGGAAUGGUCUAUUCACAGGAGCCAACACCGGGAAGCUGAUCACGAAGGUGUCGGAUUAAAGAGAGACAGCAUGAUCGAAUUCAAUGACGUUACAUUUUACCAGACAUGCAGAUUAUUGCGUCAUUUUGUAACAAGUGCUCUACAGCCGUGCCUAGCAGUUUGUAUACUACUUAAAUAUAUU